CCAGCUCCAUCCCUCCAGCUCCCAUCCCUCCAGGACACAUCCCUCCAGCUGCCAGUGAGGGAGAAGCAGGCGUGGGGAAGAUGAGCUGCAGCAGGUACCCCGUGGAUGUGAAGGCUGUUGGCUUCAUGCAAUGCAGAAAGCAGAAGAACUACAUGAUGUUUGUGACUUGGUCAGACCAGAACAACAUUCUCAUCUACCGGACAUUUGAAGACUUUAAGAAAUUCCAUAAAGAGCUGAAGAGAAAAUUCCCCGUGGAGAGUGGUUCCCUCAGGAGUUUACCCAGGUUUAAAGGUGUGAUUAUGCAGCACAGGAAGGGUGGGAAGCUGAACAGGUGCCUGGAGAUCCUGAAACUUCUGGAAACCUACUCCCAGGAGCUGCUGCAAAUGGACGCGAGGAUCUCCCAGGGGGGAGACGUGAAUCAGUUUUUCAAGGCACAGACCCAGGACCUCGACCCCUCCUUCCCUGAAAACAGUGUUGUGAUCAUGCCAUCAGAAUUUAGAAGGGAAAAGAAGCACCAGCCCAUCUCCAUCACCCUUCCCCAGGCGUCCCAGAGCUACCGCUGCAUCGAGAGCUUUGAAACCAAGGACACCAAGAACAGGACGUUCACAGUGGCUCAGAAGGAAAUUGUUGAAGUGUUGAUCAAGGACAUGACUGGGUGGUGGCUGGUGGAAAAUGCAGACAAGCAGAUUGCCUGGUUCCCAGCCUCGUACCUGGAAGAGCUUGAUGUCCACGAGGACAUCCAGAGCAACUAUAGCUCAAAUGAGGAGGGCAGCCUGUACUUCGUGGUGCAGCCCUACGAGGCGCAGAAGGCGGAUGAGCUCUCUCUGCACAGCGGGGUGGUCGUGGAGGUGCUCAGGAGCUCUGACAACGGCUGGUGGCUCAUCCGGUACAAUGGGAGCACAGGCUACAUGCCCUCCAUGUGCCUCCGGCCCUACAAGAAUCCUCACCACAAGCUGCAGACCAUCAUCAACUCUGGCCUCAACAUCUCCACCCCGAACCUCUGCUCCUCCCUGUCGGCCCCCCAGCCCCGGGGACAGGCCCUGGCACAGCCCAGGGCACAGCCUGGCUCUUCCUUCAACCUGAAUGAAGAAGAUGGGAGCUCUCAGAGGAGCAGAUCCAGGUCUCUGCCCAGGGCCAGCUCCACCUCGGACCUGGAGUCAGAGAGCUCAUCCCUGAACUUGGGCAGCAGCAGCGAGCAGAGCACCCGGCUGAGCUGGAAGCCUGACCUGUCCCGCUCUCUGCCCGAAGUGGAGCAGAACAGGAGCUCCCCUGGCCUGGCCACGCACAGCACCAAGUCCCCACGCCUCACCCCCAGGGACAGGAACGACUCUGGCUUCGUGGAGUCAUCUGCAGCCGACCUGAGCUCACCCCUGCCCGACCCCGACUUGGCCACGAGUGUCCCCAAGGUGCCAGCACGGCCCUCGGCCCACGAGAUCCUGCAGAGGUGCAGCACUGUCACCAAACGGGCCCUGCAGGGACACAGCCCCCGGCCAGGCCUGCAGCCACUGCUGCCCAGCCUGCACUAGAGCAGGGACA